GUCAAAUUUCAUAUUUUCAUCUGUCACUCAAAAUCAAUCGAGAAGUUUUCAAAAAAUCAAAAGAAAAUAGAACUGGACACAAAAAUAAAAUCGCAAAAUGUAUUUUGCCUGUUUGAACAAUUAGUGAAACUUGUGUGGACAAUAACCGUUUCACCGGGCAGCAAUUACAUACAAAACCAAACAGUUCCGAUUUCGAUUUACAUUUUUGUAUUUUCAUCAAUUUAUUUUUUUUUUGUUAAAAGCGAUUUAUGAGUUCCGAAGAUCAAAAGGAGACGUCGGCUUCAAGGCUCGUUGAAGAAUCUUCGUCGUCUCAACCACCAUCGUCGGAUUACAACAAAUCAACAAAAACAAUAUCCACACGCGAUCAAACAAUCACCGUCGUUUCAUCACCGACAGCUAGUGAAAGUGACGAAAUGAAACGUGCUAUUGCUAAGAAACUCAUUGAACGUUAUUUUUAUCAAUUGUCCGAUGGUUGUGGUAAGCCGAAUUGUGCUAAUAAAAAUUGUGCAUCGAGUGGCAGUGUAGAAGCAUUAUCGCCGAAUCAAGCGGCCGCUCGGGCUAUUCAACUGUACAGUGAAGAGGCGGAACUGUGCGAAUUACAUCCGGCCAAAGUUGCGAAGACACACGACUGUAAAUCGAGUACGGACGACGAUUCGGGCACAAGAACUCCUCGUUCACGCCGUGGUCGUGACUUUCCGCACUCAUCGAAAUCUAGUCAAGAGCUCACCUUCCAAUUAGCUGAAGAACAAAAUUCAAAUAUUUCGUCGAUCGACGAAGAGACGAUCAACAAAUUACUGGACGAUUGCAAGUUAACAAAUUCCUAUGCACCGUUGAUCCGACGACUGGGCAAUUGCUUUUCGUCGCGCGAGUCGAUAUGUCGCAGUUUCCAGAAAAUGCCCAGCGCACACAUCGAUGCCAUACUGGAGAAGGCGCCCAAGGAUUUGAAGAAUUUGAAGAAAGAGGACUUUCGCACAUUGGAAGGCGAUUUGGACAAGGACGAGGACAGCAGUGACAAUUCGGAUAAGCCACCGGAACCGCAUCACACCACCGUUGAUUUUGUCAGUCUGCGUCGGGCGAUGCUACGAUUGUACGAGCAGAAUAGCGGUGCAUUCGAGACGCUGAACGAAACCAUUCACAGUUUGGCGACGUCGUUGUGCGUGGAUCUGAUACGUUUCGUGAAUGAUCAGGAACUGAUCGAAGACAUUAUCACGGUCUUUGUUAUACUCUUCGAGAUCAUUGUCAUCGGAUCCGCUGAAUUUAUGGAAACCGCUCUUCCCAAGUUACUGCACGCAGCCACGUAUCUGCCAGUUUGGGCACAGGCACGUUUGGCAGCUAUCUGGGCCAAGCAUCGCGCAUCUGGUUUACAACUUCUGCUACAGACCCUGCAGCAGUUGAUAAGUGUACAUGUCGUGGCUGGAAUGGGCGGUGGUGGUUGUCUGAUUCAAGACAAUGACGCCGUUGUCUGUGCGACCAAAGUUAUGAAAAUCGUUUACUAUGCCAGUAUGCUGGCCGGUACCUUGGAUUCAACGAAAUUCCGCGAAGAUGACGAUUCGGACGCGAAGAUUAGCUCGGGAUUCGAGGACGAAUCGUAUUUCGGCUUUACGAAAACUAAGGCGCUAACUAUCGACGAUCCGUUAAGCAGUGCAAUGGGAAUUAAUGUGUUGGAUUGUCGAAAACCGUUUGUACCGUUCGAGGACUUCUACAAUGAUCCGUUGAGUGAUUCAAUCGAAAUGGACACGGACUACUUGAACUAUAAAAGUCGUAAACUUGAUUCGCUGAAAUUCAGUUACAUGCUGUAUUCGUUUGUCCUGACGCCAGCCACCAAGACACUAGCCCUAUACUAUGACUCACGUAUUCGAAUGUACAGCGAACGGCGAAACAAUAUCAUAACGACACAAUUUGCCGGCGAACCAGCGAAUCCAUACUUAAACUUGAAAGUACGACGUGACCAUCUCAUCGACGAUGCUCUGGUCGAAUUGGAAUUGAUAGCACUGGGCAAUCCAAAGGAUCUGAAAAAGCAGCUGGUCGUGGAAUUUCUCGGCGAACAGGGCAUCGACGAGGGCGGCCUGUCCAAGGAGUUCUUCCAACUGGUCGUCGAGCAAAUAUUCAAUCCGGACUACGGAAUGUUCAUUUACCAGGAGGACACGCGCACCGUCUGGUUCAAUUCGACGUCGUUCGAGAACGAGGCACAAUUCACAUUGAUCGGCAUCGUAUUAGGCUUAGCUAUCUACAACAAUAUCAUUUUGGCUGUGAACUUUCCAAUGGUCGUCUAUCGGAAAUUGAUGGGCUGUAGAGGAUCGUUUGCCGAUUUGGAGGACUUUAAUCCGGCCGUUAGCAAUAGUUUGAAAUCGAUGCUCACCUAUCAGGAGGCUGACAUGGAAGACGUUUUUACGCAGACCUUUGAGAUCAGCUACAAGGAUGUGUUCGGCAAUACCAUGACACAUGAUUUGAAGCCGAACGGAAGCGAAAUAUUCGUGAAUCAGGACAAUAAACAGGAAUUCGUAGACCUAUACACCGAUUACCUGCUCAACGUCAGCGUGGAGAAACAGUUCAAAGCAUUCAAACGAGGAUUUCAAAUGGUUACGGACGAGUCACCGCUCCAUUUACUUUUCCGGCCGGAAGAAGUGGAGGUGCUUGUAUGCGGCAGCAAGAAAUUCGAUUUCGACGAAUUGGAAAAGGCAACGGAAUACGAGGGCGGCUACACAAAGGACUCGAGAAUAAUCAAACAAUUUUGGGAAAUCACUCACGCGUUAUCGAUGGACUUGAAGAAGAAGCUGUUAGAAUUCACCACCGGCUCCGAUCGCGUUCCAGUGGGUGGCUUUAGUAAACUGAAAUUAGUCAUAGCACGUAAUGGUCCCGACAGUGAUCGUCUUCCCACCAGCCAUACUUGUUUUAAUGUGUUGUUAUUGCCCGAAUACACGGACAAGCAGAAACUGGAAGAUCGUCUGCUGAAGGCCAUCAGUUAUUCGAAAGGAUUCGGAAUGUUGUAAUAAGUUACGUAACGUCUGCAAAACGGGAACAAAGAGAGAAUAAACCAAAAAUCCGAUGAACCUAAAAUUGAUCACAAAGUUGAUGUAAAAUCGGAACAGCAUAGCGACUAUCAGUAGGACAUUUGGACAAAAGAAAAUUUUUUUGUUGUAAUUCAAAUGCAACGACAGUUGACGCCUCCGAGGGCUAACAUUUUUUUUUUCGAUUUUCUAUCGUAAUUCGCAUGUAUUUUUGUGACGAAUAAAAAAUAUUUUUUAUUUUCUCA